CUUCGGUGAGUGUUAAGUAAAAUAUUAAAAGUGAAAAAUGACUGGUCGUGGUAAAGGUGGCAAGGGCUUGGGAAAAGGUGGCGCAAAGCGUCAUCGCAAAGUGUUGCGUGAUAACAUCCAGGGUAUCACGAAGCCAGCUAUCCGUCGUCUAGCUCGUCGUGGCGGUGUGAAGCGUAUCUCUGGUCUUAUUUAUGAAGAAACUCGUGGUGUGCUGAAGGUUUUCUUGGAAAACGUUAUCCGUGAUGCAGUCACAUACACCGAACACGCCAAGAGGAAGACAGUCACAGCCAUGGAUGUUGUGUACGCUCUGAAGAGGCAAGGCCGCACUCUGUACGGUUUCGGCGGCUAAGAAAAUUUGUAUCUACUACAAAAUACAAACUUAAAACCCACAUCAAUCGGUCCUUUUCAGGACCACCAAAAAAUUAACCAAAAGAGAAGAAAAUCAAUAUGUAUUUAUUGUUAAAAAUAAAGAACGAAAGACUAUAUUUUGAUUAACGUUAGAGAAUAACUCCCUUAAAUUCAUCCAGAUUGCCCCUGUUAUUCUGUAGAAUUUAAUUCUAAGAUACAAAUAAAUAAAUUUGUUCAUUUGUGAGAUGUUAAUAUUUAAAAAAAAACGGCUGAAAUAAGAAUAUAAUUUACUGAUGCAGCGUGUUGUAAAA